AUGGACGAAGAAACCGCAUUCACGAGGGAUGAGAAUGAUACUGAUAAGGUGACUAAGACUGACAACGAUAAUUUUAAUGAAGAUGAUGACAACAACGACAACGAUUCCGUCUUGUCAUAUGAUAUCUUACCUUCGAAGGAGUUUGAUAAUAAUGAACAUGGCACAAAUAGUGAAAACAUAAGUGGCGAAGAUGUGGAUGUUGACAAUGAGGAGUUAGAUGGUCCUAGCGGUGAUCACGAUGAGGGAGAGAUCGACAUUGAGGAGGCUCGAAGACAGCAACACAUGCUGGAGACACAUUGGAAGGUCAUGGCUAUGACCUUUCGGUCGCAAGGGGAUGCAUACAUAUUCUACAACAAUCAUGCCAAAGAGCACGGGUUUAGCAUCAGGAAACAGAAGGUCAAACGAGGUGCUUCAGGAAUGAUACGGUACCGACGGUUUCUUUGCUCCGGGGCAGGGAGAAGGCAGAGCAAGUUCAUAACCAUGGAGGGCCGCAAGCGCAGGCUUAGACCGGAGACUCGUUGCGACUGCGGUGCACAUAUGGUGGUGAAGCUGGACAGAGAACGUGGCGUUUGGUUCGUCGCGUCAUUCGUGGAUGAUCACUACCACGCAAUGGCUCGGCCCGACGAGGUUUAUCUUUUGUGGUCACACAGGUGGAUUGGAGAUGGCAAGAGGGCCGAGAUAUUGGCGAUGGAAGUGGCCGGAUAA